GGAGGGGCUGGGGCCGGCCCGGCCCUCGGCGGGAUUCCCUGCGGCGCAGCCUCUGGCUCCCAGUUGCUCGUCCGCUUCGGCCGCUGCCCCCUCCCCUCCACGCCACAGUAACAUCCUUUCCUGGCAACAUCUGGAUACCAGUCCCCUAAGUCGACCCAGAUAGCCAGCCAGAUAAGGGAGAGAAAAGCACCCAAGUCAGACAUUGGGGGAAAAUAUAACCGAAUCCUAACGCUUUGUUCCUUUGGUCUCGGCACCUGGGUCCUGCUGUGCCCCUCCCGCUGAGCUUCCAGUUUUAAUCACACCUCCAGCCGACCCUUUCUGGGCCAGGAACUACGAGGCCUACUUAGAGAUGUACCAAAGUUUGGCCCUCGCUUCAAAUCCUGGCCAGGCGCCCUAUGCCCACGACUCCAGUAGCUUCCUACACUCGUCAGCGGCCAGUUCCCCUGUAUAUGUGCCCACGACGAGGGUGCCUUCCAUGCUACCCACGAUGCCCUACCUGGCAGGUUGUGAGGCUGCACACCAGAGCCAUCCGCUGGGCAGUCACCCGAGUUGGGCCCAGGCAAGCAGUGAGGCCUCAGCUUUUAACCCCGGCAGCCCCCACCCUCCUUCUGGUUUCUCCUACUCUCACAGCCCUCCGGGGGGCAGCGGCGGAGGACGGGAUGGAACCUACCAGGCCCCCCUGCUCCUGGGCAGUGGCACCAGGGAGCAAUACGCCAACCCGUUGGUGCGCUCAGUCAGUGGAUCCUAUUCAAACGCCUACCCAGCCUAUGUAAGUCCGGACAUGGCCCCUUCCUGGACCGCAGGCCACUUCGAAAGCAGCGUUCUACACAGCCUACAGAGCCGCCAAGCUGGCCUUCCGGGCCGGAGGUCCACCUUUGUUUCAGAAUUCUUGGAAGAGUUCCCGGGUGAGGGCCGCGAGUGCGUUAAUUGUGGGGCUAUGUCCACACCGCUGUGGAGGCGAGACGGCACAGGCCACUACCUCUGCAACGCCUGUGGCCUCUACCACAAAAUGAAUGGCAUCAACCGGCCGCUCAUCAAGCCCCAGAAGAGGCUGUCCUCAACUCGCCGGGCUGGACUUUGCUGCACUAAUUGCCACACAACCAACACCACUCUGUGGAGGAGGAAUGCAGAAGGGGAGCCAGUGUGCAAUGCCUGUGGACUCUAUAUGAAGCUUCAUGGGGUACCUCGUCCCCUUGCUAUGAAAAAGGAGAGCAUCCAGACACGGAAACGGAAGCCCAAAAACAUCGCCAAAGCCAAGAGCUCCACAGGGUCAACAGCCUCAGCCACAAAUUCCCCAUCUUCCAUCACCAACUCCGACAGCACUGCCACUUUAAAGUCUGAGCCAAACCUGGCAUCCCCUCAGUACCCAGGGCAGACCAUCCUUUCUCAGCAGGGUCCUAGCCCAGCAGAAGACCCCUUGGGUCCCAACCACUCGGAGUUCAAGUUCGAGCCUGAGGAUUAUACUUUCCCAUCCUCUGUGACUUCCCAGUCAGGACUCAGCGUGUCUCUCCGCCAGGACUCAUGGUGUGCCCUGGCAUUGGCUUAAAUCCCGGGGCUCCUGGGAAACAUCCUUUUUGGACCAAUCUACCUACCUGUCCCUCUGAUGGAUGACAGAGAGGCCGGAUGACAGCCAAUGACCUGACAAUUUGCUUACACACCAGACCGGUGAGAGACUGAGAGAUCCUGGAGAUACUUGGCUGAUUUCUGCCUUCACCACCCACCCUGCUUGGUUCUAUUCAAUUUUAACUCAGCAGGAACAAAUUGGACAUACCUCCUGGGAGCAGGAGGGAGAGGUUUGUUUGAGAAGACCCCAUGCUGUCCCUCAAUGCUGGCACAAAAGUCCCUAAAUCAUAUGUUUAUUCCCAAUGAUUUCUUCCUCCUCUGACUACAUGGAGUGCAAUUUGUCCCACUUCUCAAUAAAGACUGAUUAUGUGGCACCACCUAAUUUAAUGUUUUUGUGAACAGAGUAGCCAUCAGUUCAUCUAAAAACACAACCUGUUACUUUAAACCUUUACUGUAUUAUCUUGAAAACAAUCAUCUCUGGAGUGUUAGCUUCUGAAGCAUGUGUAUGCUCACCCUGAAAAGUCACUGGAGAUGCAGGCGUUGCUCUUCCUACUUCCUACUUCCAAAGGAUUUUUAUAAAAAUGAUGAGUGACACAGCCAAACAUGCCUAAAGAAUUUGGAGAAAUAAAAACUUUGAAAUCCA